GAGGAACACGGCCCGGUCGCGGACCAUUGCGCGAGCGCCUUGGCGCACGCGCAGCGCUUCCCGCAGCGGGUGGCGCAGCUGCUGGUGGCCAUGAGGCCGGCGCGCACGAACGGCCGCGCCCUGGAUCUCGGCUGUGCCGUGGGCGGCGCCAGCUUCGAGCUGGCGGCGGCCGGCAGCUUCGAGGAGGUGGUGGGCAUCGACUUCAGCCAGAGCUUCGUGGACGCCGCGCGGCAGAUGCGCGACGGGCAGGAGAUCCGCUUCCGCAUCCCCAGCGAGGGCGAUCUCGGCAGCGAGGUGAGGGCCGUCCACGAGCCCCACGUGGAUGCCGUCGCCAGGGCCCGCACCGCCUUCCAGACGGGGGACGCCUGCCGGCUCUCGGCGCAGGAGCUCGGCACCUUCGACGGCGCGGUGCUCGCGAACCUGCUGUGCCGGCUGCCGGAGCCGCUGGCGUGCCUGGACGGGCUGCGGGCCGUGCUGAACCCGGGGGGCGUGGUGGUCCGUCGCUGCCCGCGGCCCCUUUUGAGAGGGGGAUCGACUACUGA